UUUCAUCACAAUUCAGAGUGUAUUUUGAUAUUGAAACGACGGCACAUAUUCGGCAUCAUUCGAAUUCGUGGUGAAUGGAUAUUGUUUUUCCGGUAAAUUCAGUUCGAAGUGUAGGUGUUUUCUUGAAGAAAAUCGUUUAAUAGUUUAAAAAAAAUGUCUGGGCAUUAUCCGGGAUUUUCGAGCCCAAAUCAUCAGGGCAACUAUCCAAUGGUUAAUCAACAAAUGAGAAAUAUGCCUGGUGUUAUGGGCCCAAUGAUGAACAUGCAAACAAUGCCCAACCAAAUGGUCAAUCCAAUGAUGGGACAACAAUCGAUGAAUUAUAAUCAACAAGGCAUGCCCAAUCCAGGUAUGGGAGGUCAUGUUAACAUGCAAGGCGCAUCUCAUGUUUCACCAAUGCACAUGCAGCAACCACAAAACACACCGCCUCCACAGAAUACGUUUCCUCAGCAUCACCUUCAACAACAGAUGCAAAUGAUGAAUCAACAACCACAUCAUCCAAAUCAACAACCGAUGAUGACAGACGAUCGCCCCACUCCGGACCAACAACACUCACAGCAAUUCCAUAUGCCACCACAACAGCAUCUUCAGUCGAUGCCUCAGAUGAAUCCAAAUCAGCCGCAAAUGCAGGUAAAGAUGCCACCACAAACGCCGCCACAGCAACAACCUCAAGGUGGAGGCGUUCUUGGCCCGAAGCCAAAUCCAAAUCUACCAAAUCAAAUGGUGCCGGUUACUCAACCAAAUCAACAGCAACUCCAACAAAACCAGACACCGCAGCAACAAAUGUCACAGCAGAUGCCACAAGGUCAGCAACAGCAGCAAGUCCAACAGCAACAACAAGCUCAACAGCAGGCUCAACAACAACAACAACAACAACAACAUCAAAAUUUGAAUAUAGUUUAUUUAUGUCGCUAUGGUCAGGAGACCGUACAAGAUAUCGUAAGCCGAUUCCAAGAAGUGUUUAGCACGCUUAAAACUGUACAGCCACCGAUUGGAACCAAUACACCAACUACGACCGAUAAAAAGGUGACCGAACAAUUCCGUACGAUUCGAUUGCUGUUCCGACGGUUACGCUUACUUUUCGAGAAGUGCAAUGAUACUUGCCAAUUGGGUGAGCUACUUGAAGGUAUUGAGAACACAAAUAUCGAGAGUUUAUUGCCAUUCAAAGAUGAGGCUGAUAACAAACCGGAUCCGGUUCAUUCCGAAGAAUAUAAGAAAUUACUGCAAGAGAAUCGUGAACUGACCGAGGCGGUUACACUUAAAAAUAAGCAACUUCGCGAAAUAAUCGAUCGAAUUCGAAUAAUCAUCUGGGAAAUCAAUACGAUGUUGAGCAUGCGACGAUCUUAGUUAACAACAAAUUAAUGAUAUGAAUACAAUAAAAAGGAAAAAGAAACGAUUUUUAUUAUAAAAA